ACACAAGUGCUCCUCCAACUGACUCACUCCAUAUUAUCUGCUUGUCACCGCUGCAAGCUCUCCCUGUGCUCCUGUGACAGCUCAGCCCUUCGGAGACUGUCUGCUGCCACCAGAGGUCCUCUUCUCUCUGCCUGCUGAGUGUGACUUUAACUCCACACCACCUUAUUACAGCCCAGAGAUGCUGCUUUCUUCUUUUUUCUUCUUGGAUCUCACUUCAUCUCUUGCAACAUCAUGAGCCUCAGGAACUGAGAGCGCUGCCAGCGCUGCUCCGGCGGAGGUCGUGCCAGGCCAGCCACGGUGCCAACUCUGAGAUCAAUAUCGAAUUUGGAAAGAGCAGACGAAACCAAAACCCUACAUCUUUUUUUUUUUAUUUCCUCCCCUUCAUCCCUGAUCUGAUUGUUGUGUCACAAGCAAUGGCACUGACGUCUUGGUUCAGGUGGAAUGAGUCCAAUUUAAGACUAUCUCAGAGGAACCCCUCAGACAUGGUGGUGGAUACACUUAUGAUGGAACUCAGCUGGCAGAUGAAGCAGGCCGAGAAACAGCAUCGUGAGAAGGAGAAUGAGUAUCGGAAGAUCAAGACUGGGGUGGACUACAGCUGGCUGGUUAGUUACCCAAAGCAUAAUUUUGACAUUAGCCCCGGAGAGAGGCUCCAGUUGGAGGAUUCCUGCAGCAAGAUCCACCCAUCCUAUUGCGGGCCAGUUAUCCUCAGGUUUCGUCAAUUAAUAGCAGAGUAUGAGCCUGACGUCCAGGAAGUUCCUCGUCUUUUCCGAUCGGUCUUACAAGAAGCGAAUGAGAAACUGAGAGAGGAGGAAGAAGGAAAGAAACUGGCCAGGCAAUGGAACACCAAGCGAGCUAUGAGCUUGUCCCUCACUACCUUCAAGUCUCGAGCCAGAAUCUAUCCAUUUGCCAGUGAUAUUAAGACCAUUUCUGAGGAUGUUGAACGGGAGAUAGAGCCAACCAGACGUGUGUGGAGCAUGCCUGAGUUUCGUACUACUAAAGAGGACUAAAGCCCCUUCAGAACAUCGGGGUGCAGAGAAUGUGAAAAACAAUAUGAACAAUUUUGGCCUUUUUAGCACUUACUGAGAGAUAAGGGUUACAAGG